GUGAUGAUGGCGGAGGAAGAUCGGCGCUGAGCGCAUCUUUAUAUAAUUGCGUUCACUGAGCUUAUUGCAAUUAUAAAACAUUAUCGGCUUGUUCGCUAGAUCCAGCCAUGGGUAACGAGGCGAGCCUGGAGGGCGGUGAAGGGGCCACUAUGGUGGGGAUGACGGUUUCAGCACCGCCGAACUCUGGACAGCUCCUGAAGCCCGUAAAUGGCGCAGCGGCCGGCGCUGGAGCAUCCCCGGAACACAGGGCGGGGGUGAAUAGGCUGACUGGAGGGGGAGGCCCACCAUCAAGCCCAAAACUAGGCUAUGGAAGCGGUAGUGAUCGAGGGCAAGGUGGUGACUUUGGCAUGGGUGGCAUUCAAGCAAGUGGAAACCCUUACAAAAAGCCAGUCCAUGAUGGACCUAGACAUUCCCAGACUACUUCUUCACAUCAUUCUCAAAUUCAAGCUUCAUCAGGGGGCAUGGGACCCACCCAAAGCCCUGGACAACAUGCCUCAAGACGCAACCUCCAAGUGGACUUCAGCAGCAGUAGUGGUCGGAGAGGCCGCUCACCAUCAGUUUCUCCCGAUAGAGCCAGUGCACCAACUUCGCCAUACUCAGUUCCCCAGAUUGCACCAAUGCCUAGCAGUAAGCUCUGUCCAGUUUGCAAUACUACAGAGUUGACAAAUUUUGAUGGGUCACCAAACUUUAACAAGUGUACACAGUGCCACACUACAGUAUGCAACCAGUGCGGCUUCAACCCCAACCCACACCUUGCAGGGGUCAAGGAGUGGCUCUGUUUAAACUGCCAGAUGCAGCGGGCUUUGGGAAUGGACAUGACAACACCACGUUCCAAGAGUCAGCAACAGAUACAUUCUCCUUCUCAUCAACCUAAGGCUGACCCCAUACCCAAGACCCAACCCUCAGUUCAACCCACGCAGCAGCUUCAAACCCAAAACCAGACACAGACGAAAAUUCAGCCUCAGACUCAAUCCCAAGCUUUCCAGAAACAAAUGGGUCCUACUGGACCGUACCAGACUGGACUUCACAGUGGACCACAAACUGGUCUACAGACAAAAAAAGAACAACCACAAGCAGGAUAUAUACAGUCAGGUUUCCAGUCAGGGUCCAAGGAUACCCAGAGACAACGAGGUGAGGUAUUGGGAACAAAAAGUCCCGAAAGGGUAGUCCAAACAGUCCGGAUUCCUCAUCCAGGGGCAGUGCCUUUACCUGGCUUAGCAAAGGCACAAUCACAGUCUGAUCUGGGGCGCAGCACUUCAGUACGGUUUGGGGGGCAACCCGAUAAGACCCGAAGUGCUGGAAGCUCCCCGGCUCAUCACCCACCAUCCCACGAGGCUCCUCAAGAUGGUUUAACUAAGCUGUUUGGUUUUGGGGCAUCUCUUCUAAAUCAGGCAAGCACCCUUAUUUCUGUUGAUCCUCUUCCUGGAUCUUCACCGCACCCCUCGCCUGCCCGUACCCAGAGUGCCCAGGGGACAAAGGUGAUCUUUAGUGAUGCUAAUGCUGGAGCUAGUGCUAAAACUGCAGCAGGGCUACCCAGCACUGCCAAAACAGGCCCAGGUGGAGUGUCAUUACCCAAAGGUCCUGGAGCCCCUCUCCAAAAACAGCCUCUGCAGCAGCAGUCACCAGUGCACCAUCAAAAAGGGUCGAAACAACAGCAGUCACCGGCACAUCAUCAAACAACACAGCAGGAGCAGCAGCAGCAGUCACCACAAAAGCAGCCUCCACCUCACCCAGUUAGUCAGAAACCAGAUGUUACAUGCCCCCUAUGCAAGACUGCAUUCAAUGUUGGAACAAAAGAACCACCAAACUACAGGUCUUGCACCCAGUGUCAUACAGAGGUGUGCAAUCUAUGUGGUUUCAAUCCUACACCCCAUCUGGUGGAGAAGAAAGAAUGGCUCUGUCUGAACUGUCAGACUCAGAGACUGAUGUCUGGUGGACUUGACCCUCUUCCAAUUCUACCUUCUUCACCCAGCCAUCAACCAACAGGUUCACCUAGGCAUCAACAACUUUCCAGCAAGCAGCAGCAAGGGCUUCAGACAAUGUCACCACAGCAGAAACCUUUUGUUUCUCAACAGAGUGGUUUCUCUUCCCCCAUAGCUAGACCAGCAAGCGAUAUAAAAACUUUUACACAGCCUUCUACAGCUACAACACCUCCUGUGUCUACCACUACUGCAUUCAUUGGUGAAAAAGAGAGAAAGGAAACUACACCCAAACUAGAUAAAGUGUCUGACCCUGGCAACAGAGACAAUAAACCAACUCAAAAAAGAGGAACAACAGAUUCAGUACAGACACAUUCUAAAGAUGGAAAGAAAGAAUUACAGAGUAUUACCAAAUACUACGAGGAAACCAGCAAGACAAACAGCAAUCAGGACCUAUCACGAAGUCCACAGAGUUUGAGUGAUACUGGCUAUUCCUCUGAUGGAAUCUCCAGUUCUCAUAGUGAAAUUACUGGCGUUAUCCAGGAGGAAGAGCUUAAAAUGUGCGAGAGGGGUCUGACUGGACACCAUACACCACCAAGUCCAUCUGAGCUGAUUAAGCUAGAGAGCUCCAUGCGGAAUCUACUAGAGUCUAAAGUUUCAUCUGAAGGGGAAAGAGCACAGGACAAGAAGUGUGGGAAAAAGCAACAUGGUGACAUCAGGAAACAUCAGUCUCCCUCAAUAUCAAUUAGUCCAGAGGAAUAUGACUCAGAUGAGGACUUUGAAGGCAUUAUGGAAGAGGAUGAAGAUCCAACUGAGGAAGAGCUUAGAGCAAUUGCUGAUUUCGAGGAUAAUAGUAGCCAUAAAAAAUUGAAUUUAGAACCUGAAGAGAUUACUGAUGAGGAGUUUAUGAGAAGGCAAAUUAUGGAGAUGAGUGCUGAUGAGGAGAAUGAGGAUGAAGAUGAAGAAGAAGAAAUGGAAGAAGAAGAAGAUGAUGAUGAUGAUGAGGAUGAAGGCUAUGGCUACAAAAAGCUAAAAAAGACUCAAAAGCACUUCACUGACUCAGGAAAAGAAAAGCGCCGUCUCACUUAUCACUCUAGUAGCUUUGAGGAAGAUAGUAAAACAACUACUGAUGUAUACAAAGGUUCGGCAGAAGAAGACCUGAUGGCCUCGCAAGGAGGCUUACGCAGAUUUAAGACCAUAGAAUUGAACAACACUAACAGUUAUAGUCGAGACAUGGAGUUAAACAAUGACAAUGACCUGAGUCUCGACCGGGAGCCUGAGCUGGAGAUGGAAAGCCUUAUUGGUUCUCCAGAAGAACGGUCAAGAGGGGAAUAUUCCUCCACCCUCCAAACAACCACUUCUAGCUAUAGUUCAGGGAUAUCCCCUACUUCCAUAUCAUCCAUGGAAGAUGACAGUGACAGUAGUCCUAGUCGGAGGCAGCGGCUGGAGGAGGCAAAGCAGCAGAGAAAGGCCAGACAUCGCUCCCAUGGCCCUCUCCUUCCUACCAUUGAGGAUUCCUCAGAAGAAGACGAAUUGAGGGAAGAAGAAGAACUUCUAAAGGAGCAGGAAAAGAUGAGAGAAGUGGAGCAGCAGAGAAUACGAAGCACUGUCCGGAAAACCAAACGUGACAAAGAAGAGCUAAGAGCACAAAGGCGCAGAGAACGAUCUAAGACUCCCCCAAGCAAUCUGUCCCCCAUUGAGGAUGCUUCUCCAACGGAGGAGCUAAGACAGGCAGCCGAGAUGGAGGAACUCCACCGAUCCUCUUGCUCAGAAUACUCUCCUUCAGCUGAUUCAGAUGCUGAGGGCUAUGAAAUUUCAUCUAAGCUGUACAAAUCUGGUAGUGAGUAUAACCUACCAACCUUUAUGUCACUUUAUUCUCCUACUGAAAAACCACAAACUACAUCAUCUACAGCUGCUAUAACAACUCCCUCUAGUGGCAAACAAUUAAAAAGUGCAGAAGAAGUGUAUGAAGAAAUGAUGAAGAAAGCAGAGAUGUUGCAGAAACAACAAAAGCAGCAGACACAGCAGCAAUCAGGCUCAGGUCUGAUUUUACAACAGUACAGCACAUCCACCUAUCAAGAGUCAGACAUUAAAAAUAGACAAGAAAUUGAGGAUGAAUAUGAUUAUCCUGAUCAAGAUGAUCUCCACUAUGAGAACGAGGAGACAGUUGAUAUCUAUGAAGAGAUCCGCCAGACAUCACAAAACAUUUCAAAACAGCUUGAUGACAAAAUGGAGAUGGAUGUGUCCUAUUCAGAAAAGCAGUUACUAGAUACAGGCUCAGCCUUUGCUAAGUUGCUGGAACAAAGCAAUGCUUUACUGACUCCUGGCACAAGUCCCACCCAGCUCUCAGCACCAGUAUCAUUUUCAGAAACUGGGACAGGAGGACGGAUACCUGAUGUCAGAGUAACCCAACAUUUUUCAAAAGAUGGGCAAAAAGAUAGACUUAGAAAUCAAACUGGUAAAAAUGGUAUUACACCAACAGUUGCUGCCACAACUAUUGCUGCUUAUGGAGUGUAUGCCAGGGAUAAUGUCACUGUCUCUCAAACUAGUGCCAGCCAAACAGUGUCCCAAACACAACCCAACUUAUAUGGUCGGCAAACUACCACAACCUCUGCUGGUGUUUCAAAUGUGUCUCAUAAAAUAGCUGCAAUCACUCAAGCUUACAACCAAAGAGAGAGUGCUGCAAAGAAAAUGACAAUCAACAAAGGAGUCCAAAUGAAGGAUAAUUCAACAUCAUCAGAAACGAUAAUUGAAUCUGGCCCAAGUUCAAUUAGGUGUUAUACUUACCAUGAAAGGAGUCCACCUCUUUCUCCCACUUCAUCUCCUCUUCAUAGUCCAACAAGAUCUCUGUCCAGGAGAACAGCUGAGCUUUCAACUCAAACAGUUAGUCCUUCAAUGUUGGCUUCUUCAGGGAAUGCUUCUCACACCUCUUUGGUUAUGGCACAGGGCACUCAGACUUCACAUGGGGUUGUUUCACCUAGCCUUUUUAGACAGCAGUCUUCUCAAGAUACCUAUUUUAUUGUUAGAACAGAGGAGCUUGAGCCCACUAGUCCACCAAAGCCAGUUACAGUUAACACAGCAACAUCUCCUUUGUCCUCACCAACAAGAUUUAGCCGCCAAUCAACAUUUGAUGCCUACUCACCUCCUGUCAGCCCUCCUGAUACUCCGCCACAUCAGUUAUCACCCCAACAUGGUUUUUACAAGAACUAUAGAGCUGGAAAAGUUAAUGUUGGAACUAGCAUGGUCACCACUGCUAGCAUGUAUACCCGUGGAUCAUUAUCAAUGGAAAACAUAUCCCUUUGUCGGAUUUCGACAGUUCCUGGUACUUCAAGAAUUGAGCAAGGACAACGGUUACAGAGUGGAAGUGUAGUAGAUCUGCGAACUGGAAUGAAGCCUACACCAAUUGUUAUGACUGACCAAGGAAUGGACUUGACUUCCUUAGCCACAGAAUCUAGAAAAUAUUCUGGGUCUGUUGAAAGAACCCCAAUUCGUCAAUCAACAACUAUUCAGCCCUUAAUAAUGAACCUGAAUACACAAGAGCAGCUGCAUGUUGUGACAUCAACAGCAACAACUGUCAGUGUUACUGUAACUGCAUCUAUGUUCAUGUCCCAGCCUAAGCACCCUGUGCUAUAUUGUGAUCCUCUUGAAAACAGAUUUGAUUUGGGCAAAGAUAUGGGAACAGUAGUUUGCCUGGCACCAAAUAAGCCACCCCCAGUUGAUCCAUCCAUACCAAAGAUCGAUGCUAAGCUGGAAGACCUGAGUAUCCAGCAGCAGCAGUUACUUAAACAGCAGCAGAAGCUUCAAGAGCAACAACAACUUCUUGAGCAGCAGCUUCAACAACAUCAUCAGCUUCAACAACAAGCUGCCUCUUUUGCCAAGUUGAAUUUGUCUACUCAACUACCUCUAUUCAAAAAGGAUAUGCUUGUCACUCAAAAAAGCACUGCCACAGAGGUAAAUGUCAUCGUGCCAGGUAUGAUAUCUGAGGUGUAUAGUGUUGGAGGUCCACUUGAGUUAAGGGGAAGGCAAGCAGAAACAAGUAUCAUGAAUCUAACAAACGUCAAGCCUCAAGGGUUGAUGGUCCAGAUAGAUGGCACUGCACAAGGAGCCACUAUAACACAACUAAUCAAACCAGAGGAAGGCCAGGAUGCAAUGAUUUUAACAGGGCAAAUAAAAUCAGAAAAUCAAUUAACUUGUUGUGAUAUGGUAUACAACUUGCCAUUUGGCGGUAGCUGUGUGGGUGGUCCAUUCUCCCAGAAACCAGUCCCAGAUGAAACUUCUAAGCCAUCAUUAAGAGCACCUUCCUCACUACCGCAGCUCUAUCAACAACAUGGUUUACAGCAAGAUGGGUCGGCAUUCCAAGAUUACACAAUUAAAUCAUACACAUUGCCUCUUCCUGGACGACUACAACCAUCAAUUUCUGAAACUAACCUUGCAGAGGCAGGGUUGUCAUCAUAUUCAACAAAUCUUGAUCCCCAAUUUCAUGCCUCUGGGGAAUUUUUCACAGACACAGGAAAGGAUGGAUAUGAUGGAGGGUACCUUGGAAUGGGGCUUCAGUAUGGUUCCUACACAGAUCUUCGUCAGGGUGAUGUUGCAGAUCUUCCAAUAAGAAGGUACAACUCCCUAACUAACAUCAGCUCAGAUUAUGGAUAUUUCUCAGGUGAUUUUGCUGAAUCUAAUCUUGCCCAAUACAGUGCUACAACUGCCAGGGAGAUAAGUCGCAUGUGUGCAGCCCUUAACUCCAUAGAUAGAUAUAGUAGUAACCCUGACAUAUUACAGCUGGGCACUGGAAGAAGUAGUGGUCCACCUAGUAGAAUUAGUCUGCCCCAAAGUCACAGACAUGGUUUCAAAUACAACACAGAUGGAAAGCCUCUUUCCCACAGUCAAGCGCUAACUGAUCUAAUCAAUGCAAGACAAGCCAGUCUUCGAGCUAUGUAUCCAUCAGCUAUUAGAUCAGCUGACGGCAUGAUCUAUUCAACCAUAAACACACCAAUUGCAUCAACAGUUCCAAUAACUACCCAGCCUGCACCUGUGCUACACCCUUUAUUAAAAGGGGUAUAUAGACCUUAUCCUACACCAAAUAUGACACCAAUACCCCUGGCAAGCCUAACUAGACUGCCACUAGAUCCAAGGAAUGGGCAGGCCCCUUUCCAAUGUUCUACACCCAACCCUCUCCCUGUUACAACUUCUACAAAAGUUUCUGAGUCUCCAGCUAUCACAACAGUCCAAGAUGCCCCAUUGUACCUUGGUAAAUCUCCAUUAAGCCUAACAGUAGCUGGAGCAGUGACACAACCAAUUCAGCCUUCUUCUGUACCUGCUGGUCCUAUCACAUCAGCACUUUUUUCAACACCAGUGGCCACGGCAAUGAGCCAACCUGACAUCCAGUUGCAACCAAUAAAUCUAUCUCAGCCCCACCUACAGGCCAAAUCCACUGCCCAGCCUUCUAUACAACACCAACUACCAGUGCAGGGUCAUUCUAUUGCUUCCAAAACACAGCCACCCCCAUCAUCUCAAGGAGGUGGAACCACUGCUGCUGCUAUUCGAAGUAUUGCUUCAAGACAAGAAAAAGAAACAGAGGAAAGACUGCAUCAACAGCAGGAACAGCUUUUGCAGCUUGAGAGAGAACGAGUGGAACUAGAAAAAUUGCGACAGCUAAGGCUUCAGGAGGAGCUUGAGCGGGAACGUGCAGAACUGCAGAGGCAUAGAGAAAAAGAGCAGAUGCUAGUGCAGCGAGAAAUUCAGGAAUUGCAGACUAUAAAGCAACAGGUUUUGCAGCAACAACAAGUUGAGAGAGAAAGCCAGUUGGUCAUACAGAGAGAGCAACUAGCUCAACAAAAACAACAGCUUGACCAGAUCCAAUCUUUACAACAGCAGUUACAGCAGCAGCUUGAAGAACAAAAGAGACAAAAGACUGCCACAGCUAUUACAAAUACUCAAAUCUUCAGUGAUCAAUCUGGCAGAAUAAUUCAGCCACAGGAAUUGACCUCUGAUAUGUUGUAUAGUGAUGUUCAGGUUUUCUUAAGACCACUACCAAAUUCUACAUCAGAGAUAUGCUUGAGAAAUAGUGAAGAUCAAACAGAAAUCAGGUCCAUGCGUAAACAAAGAUCAAUGCCUCGACUGCAAGAUGGAAAUAAUGGAGAAUUAACAGUGCUUUCCUUGCCCCAGAGGCUUGUAGACUGCAGUGUGCAAACUGAUGAUGAAGAUGGAGAGGAGAGGUACCUGGUACCAAGGAGACGACGGACUAGGCGCAGUGUGGAUUGCAGUGUUCAGACAGAUGAUGAUGAAGACAAGGCAGAGUGGGAGCAGCCAGUAAGACGUAGACGUUCCCGUUACACAAGACAUUCUGGUGAAUCUGGUGUAGACCAUAAAUCUGAAGCACCUCCUUUUAUCACUUCAGUUGCUAAGACAGCAUCUUCCAGCAUUGCCAUUCAGACAAUUCGAGACUGUUCUUGCCAAACUGAAACAGAGCAGCUAGUUAGAGUAUCUCCAAGCAUACAUGUCACCAUGCCAGACCCCAGCAAGGUUGAAAUUGUCCACUAUAUUUCUGGUCCCGAGAGAACACAGAAGGGUCAAAGCUUAGCUUGCCAAACUGACCCUGAGACACAGUCUCAAAGCAUAGUUAUUCCACAGAUUAGCAUUGCUACCACUGUCAGUCCCACCAGUGUCCACUUAGUUGGUUCUGCAGAUCCACUCUCUCCAGGUCAACAGAGUGCUGUGAAGUUUGGGAGGCGGAAACCUGAUCCUUUGGAGUUUGGAUACCAGCAACAUCACCUGCAUAAUGAGUCUUUGUCCAGCUUGAUCCGGCAACAACCUAAAUCUCCACAGGUGCUGUAUUCUCCUGUUUCUCCUCUUUCUUCUCCACAACGCAUCAUAGAAACAGCAUUCUCUUCUAGUGAGAGGCUGAAUAAAGCACAUGUCACCCCGCAGCAGAAGUCCUGUAUUGCUGAGCCAUCACAGAGACACCAGGCCCUUCCCCGCCCAAUGAAGAAUAUUCAGAGAUCUUUGUCAGAUCCUAAGCCUCUCAGCCCAAAUACAGAUGAAAGUACCAAGGCUAGGAUUUCACAUUAUCAACAGCAAGCCCUUCAGAGUCAGCUGGCAGCCCUGCAGCAGAGCUCCCUCCUAAGGAAGGUGAAGAGGACCUUGCCCAGCCCCCCACCAGAGGAGACUCACCUGCCUAUGGUCACCCCUAACCUCUCACACAUGUUUGUGCCCUCUCUGCCAUCUCUGAAAGGGAGUUCUCGUUUAGCUGCAAAGGCCAGUUUACUUAAGGACUUGACCCAUGAGCUGAAGGCUGUUGAACAGGAAUCUACAAAGCUACGUAAGCAGCAGGCUGAGUUGGAGGAGGAAGAAAAAGAAAUUGAUGCCAAGCUUAGAUACCUUGAGUUGGGCAUCACACAACGAAAAGAGACAUUGGCAAAGGAAAGAGACAGGAGGGAGCUAGCAUACAUGCGCUGCAUGGGUGAUUCGCGAGAAUAUAUGUCAGACUCUGAGCUCAACAAUCUUCGCCUGACAGUUGCAGCCACAUCGUUUGAGAGCAGUGGGCUAAUGACAAGACCUAGCAUGGCACCACUCGGCCAGUUUACCUGUGAGCUAAAUACUGCUGCCCAGUUUCCCCCCACAUCAUCUUUUAUGUCUUACCAGUACCCCCAAAGUCUCCAAACAGCAACUACCCCACAGGCCUCUACACUGCAGAGCACAGGUUUCAACCAACCUCCCUAUCCAUCAGUAACCCAAGCUCAAGCUCUCCCCCAACCCACCCCCUUGCAGACUUAUCCAACCCUAUCUUACCAGGUCCAAGGGCCAUUUCAUUCCCAAUUCUUUCCACAUAACCAGCCUCCAUAUCCAGCAGACACUUCAGUGCCACCUCCAGCACAGCCAAGCCAACCAGGGUUUCAGCCUACACUACCACCUACUGGUCCAGCCCCUUAUCCAACCCACAGUACACCAUACCCAAGCCAGGCACCCCCCUAUCCAGUCAGUCAAGCAAGCACUUAUCAGCCACAGACAGACACUCUCACUUUUCACCAAAAGCCACGACAGACAUUACUUGCAGACCUUGAACACAAGAUGCCCACAAAUUAUGAGGUUAUAAGCAAUCCAACAGUUGUAGUAACAACCACUGUCCAUGAUAUCACUUACAGCCAGUCUGGCUUGGGUCCAUCUUAUGGCCAACACAGUACAAUUAUGGCAAGCACUUAUGGCCCCUACUCCUCAUCUGUAUCAAAUACAUAUGGUGGGUCUUUAGCAACCUCUGCAUCCUCUGGUUAUGGGCCAUACACAACAAUCUCAUCCAGUAGUUAUGGGCAGUACACAACAACUAUUGCAAAUACUUAUGGAUAUACAGUAACUACAGCUAGUUCCUAUGGGCAAUAUAAUACCAUAGUUACAAAUACAUAUGGGCAGACAACACUAUCUGACCAUAUACACUCAACGGAGAGCCCCUCUAUGUACACCAGUGAAGGCCUAUACGGAUCAUCCAGCCUCGAGCAGAAUGUCCCAAGGAACUAUGUCAUGAUUGAUGACAUAUGUGAACUCACCAAGGAAGGCAUGGGGACAGGUUCAGACUCACAUCGCAAUGAGAGUCAUGGACGAUAUGGGAGUGAUGGACUUCACACUCGAGGGGGGAGUUCCUUUGGCAGACCAGAGGAUGAACGUGAUGCAGAUCUAUACGACCAACAUCAUAGCAGGGGUAAGAGCACCUGCAACUACCAAUCACAAGGGGCACAUAUGCAUGGCCGGGCAGUGGGAAGCAAUAGCAUGGGUGGGGGAUCAUCAUAUUACUAUGAUGACUGCAGUCACUCAACACCUACAUGGCCAGCCCAGAGGCACUCCUCAAAGAACCAGUGCCCUUCAGCCGUCAUGUCCUCCAGGAGGAGCAAACAUCGUAAACAAGGCAUUGAGCCGAAGAUAUCCAAAUUUUCCCCAAUUGAGGAGGCUCAUGAUGUGGAGGCUGAUCUGGCCUCUUACACCAUGAGCACCUCUACAACCAGUGGUUAUGGCUCAGGUUCCCAUUAUCAUAAACUUCAAGAUGGCAUCUAUGGGCCACGGAGUACUUACAGUCCACAACGGGACUACUAUGAUGAUGAACAUCUCUUUGGCUACGGCAGGUCUCGUUCAGCUGGUUACGGCAUGGACAAAAUCUCUCCCUGCGAGAGGGCCUACAGAAGCAGGUCAUAUGAACGGGACCAUAUAGACCGGUCAUACCGCAGCAACUAUGGCCACAGUGUGCGCCCUGCUUUGCAUUCUCAAUAUUCAGAAAAGGAGAACUCCCACCUCAUGAUGAAGCUCAUGGGUGUUGGGAGGGCUUUCGGCUAUCCAUCAAAUUCAUAUGGUUCAAGUCACUCUCUACCUGAUGUGCAGGACCAUAUUCGAGACCUGCCCCGGACCCAUGUCUACAAACCAGAUGAUAUGUAUAUAAUUGACGAUAUGCAUUGUGCUGUUUCUGACAGCGAAGCAUACCAUCUUGGUCAAGAGGAGACAGACUGGUUUGAGAAGCCUCGUGAUGUUCGUGGUUCCCGUCACUAUGGCAGCAGUGGUCAUUCUGGGAGGCGAGGCCAUGGCAAGCACACAUACCAUGAUUCUGACGAGCCACCAGAAGAUCUUUGGCCACAAGAUGAUUAUGGUCACACUCGCCACAUUUCCUCUAGAGAGCACCGCCAUCACAGCAGUGGAAGUUCCGGUAGGCACUCCUCACGCCACUCUGAUGAGCCUCGUUCCUCUCGAUCAUCACGUUCCUCAAAGGAUCCAUCUAUGCGACAUGAAUCCCGCUCCUUGUCAUCUUCAGGGAGGAGGGGAGAAUCUCGUUCUCAGGGCUACCACUCAUCAGAUUAUUCCCGUGACACCUCAGGCCAUCACCAUAGCUCCCGUUCUGGAAAACAAUCCUCCCACCAUCAAGGGUCCUCCAGCAGGAAGCAACAGGAUCACCCUUCAUCAUCCAGACAGCCAGGAUCUCUUGGGCCUGGACAAAAGGGACCAAGUGGACCUUCAAGCUCAAGCAGGCAAGCUGUUUCUCAGCCACCUGUUGAUGGGCAGCAAGGUCAGCGAACACAGCUUCAGCAGCAGGCACAGACAUCAGCUGCCAGGCCAGGCUCUCAGACAUCUGCCCCAGGCACAACACAACCACAAUUAGUACAAGCCCAGCAACUGCAAGCUAAACCUGGCCAGACUGGUCCAACUUCUCGACAACCAACCUCAGCAGCACAGACAUCCCUAGCUGUAACUAAACCGGAGCCCACCCCUGCCACUGCUAUUGGAGCAAAAGCAGUCCCCAGCCAACCUGCCAAAACAGCCCAACCUCCACUUACUGGAAUAGGCUCCAAAGCAUCUCCAAGGCCUGGUGGAAUUGGAAGUGCAGCUGCAGGUCAGCCGGGUGUAGACGGAGAGAGCAUGCUUUCUAAAAUUUUGCCUGGAGGUGCUGCAGAGCAAGCUGGCAAAUUAGGAGAAGCCAUCUCUGGAUUUGGUAAAAAGUUCACCUCCUUGUGGUGAGGUAGUACAAUUAAAGGGUGUUUAAAAUGACACAGGAUGUUUUUGCACUGGAAAAACCUAUGAAGUUUCCCUAUUAUAUUUUAAUUUGAAGAGAAGACAACUCAAGAAAGAAAGUGAGAGGGAGAUAAGCUGUCUGGUUGUUCUGACAAUCUGACAAAGACAACAAAGCUGAGAUGAGCAUGGCUGGCUAUGCCAACCAGGACUGGAAUCACAGGACUUUAGGUCUGGGUCAUAAAACAAAGGCGACAACACUGUUGGCUCUGAAAGUUGGACAGUUAUUUGGGAAGUCUGUAUCUGUGUUCUAACCGAACAGCAUGGCCAAAGAUAUUUGAGCAUGAUGGCUCCAAACAACUUCCUCCUCCUGGCCAACAGAACACAGUACACGAAGGCAGCGGAGAGCGAUGAAUCCAGUCGCACAAUAUCAACGAACUAAACAGGUCAAUCAGUGUAACUUAUAACGCCUACAGUAAAUCUUGAAAUAUGCGUGUGCAUUGCUCUGAAAACAAGCUGACAUGUUCUCAUUAGAGCAGCACAGCGAGUGACUCAUGGAGAAGUGUGAUUCCGUGUUUCUCUUGUUACCUGGGAAAAGCUUUUCACUCCCCUCUCAGGAAUGGACGAAAUAGCGAUUUUAAGGACACUUAGAAAAAACUUCAUAGGUUUUUCCAAAAAAAAAAAAAAAAAAAAAAAAAAAAACCCAAAACAAACAAAAAAAAUCAUGAACAUGGGAAAUAUAACACACAUCUCUAUGCUAAGUCCUUUAACUCAACAUUCCAGAAUGAAAAAAAAUAUAUAAUAAUAAUCCUGUUAAUUAUUAUUUUUUGUCCUUUUUUUUUCUCUUUCUGUGUGCUAUAAAAGUGUAAAGUGGACUAGGAAUGCAUGUAAUCCAAGACCUUACACUGUUCACAUUAUCAAUGAGAGACUGACAAAGAGGAUUUGUGCAUUUAUACUUCAGCAGAGAGAAUAUGAAGAAGAGGACGAAAGAAAUUCUAGUACAAGCCCAAACAUAAGACUCAGAUCAUCACAUAAGAAAUCAUUUGGAAAAUAGUGUCAGGUUCUGACCAAUAAGGUCUAUUUUUUAUUCAUGGUCCUUUCCAAAGUAUUAAGAAAUUGUCCUCAGGCUGCAAAUGGGGUGUUUUUACAACCAUUGUACGGUACUGGCGAGUUGGAAUCUUGUGCAUUAUAUUUUUGUUUUGUUGUUCUAUUGUUGCCUUGCUAUGUUUGUAGAGUGUCUAACUUAUUUUUCUAUUCAUGGUAUUUUUUUUUUCCAACAUUGCUUGUAUAUAGAAACAAAUUUGAUUGAAGUUUAUUUAUAUUUUUUAAUUCAAGGGUUUUUUAUUUUAUUUUAUUUUUUUAUUCUUGUAUUGAGUUCCUUUGUUUAUUACUGUUUUAAAUCCAUUGUUACUUUGUCACUUGUUUAGAUCCUUUUUUUAAAUAUAUAUUGGUUGAAUUUUAUGUUUUACGGUUUAAAAAAAAAGGUCAAAAGCAAUAGUGGAUGGUCGUCAGUCAGUAAAGAGCACAAUUGUUAGAUGUUUUUACAGUAGUGGUCAGAAGAGUGCUAUCUGUCUGUAAACCUGUAAUAUAUCUGUAAGGUUCAGGAUCACUGUCUAUUAAGUCUUUAAAAAGUGAUGACCAGUCUCUUAUAAUAACACAUUAGGUGUCAAAGCCAUUAUUUGUUUGAAAAUAUUUUUUAUUAAAUAACUAUAAUAAUUAAGAAAAACACAAAGCUAGUCUGAGAAAUAAGGGAACUUUUAAGCAAGUAGAGAUUGCAUGUUCUGGGGAAAGAUAAGGGAAAAAAAAUAUUGCUAUAUGGUCCAAUAGUAUGUGUGAAUAAUUUUGGAUGUGUGUAUGUAUGCAUCUUCAUUUGUUAUCAUUCAAAAAAAAAAAAAAAAAAAAAAAAAACUAAAAA